UUAUGUCGGAGGCUGAUGACGUGUCAGGCACCGUCGCUACUUGACAGCUACUUUACUACAAAAGUUCUCCCAAAAAUGACUUUAUUAGCAACAUAACCAACAUUUAUCCGAUAAACCUGAUUGUUUCUGUCAUGUCAGUGAUCUACUGACACCGCCGUCGUCGUGGUUCACCCGCAGAGGCACGUCAAAGCGGCCUGAGAGCAGGUUUUUGCAGACAUGUCGUUCCUGGUGGACUCGGUGAUCAUGUUCACCUCGCAGGUGCUGUUCUUUGGUUUUGGCUGGUUGUUCUUUAUGCGGAAGUUGUUCAAAGAUUAUGAGGUACGACAGUAUGUUGUCCAGGUGGUUUUCUCUGUCACCUUUGCUUUUUCAUGUACCAUGUUUGAGCUCAUUAUCUUUGAGAUUCUCGGUGCCUUAAGCAGCAGUUCCAGGUAUUUUCACUGGAAGCUGAAUCUCUAUGUGAUUCUACUGGUUCUAAUCUUUGUGGUGCCUUUCUACAUUGGCUAUUUUGUCGUCAGCAACAUACGGCUGUUGCAGAGACAAAGGCUUCUGUUUGCCUGUAUGGUGUGGUUCACCUUCAUGUAUUUCUUCUGGAAGCUGGGAGAUCCUUUUCCCAUCUUGAGUCCAAAACAUGGGAUCCUGUCCAUCGAGCAGCUCAUCAGUCGAGUCGGGGUGAUCGGCGUCACUCUCAUGGCUCUGCUGUCGGGGUUUGGUGCCGUCAACUGUCCCUACACGUACAUGUCCUACUUCCUCAGAAAUGUAACUGACAGUGACAUCCUCGCUUUGGAGAGGCGGCUUCUCCAAACUAUGGACAUGAUUGUCAGUAAAAAGAAACGAAUUGCCAUGACACGGAGGCAGAUGUACCAACGUGGGGAAGACCAGAACAAACAGACUGGAUUCUGGGGGAUGAUCAAGAGUGUCACGUCCACACAAACAGGCAGCGAAAACCUUUCUCUGAUCCAGCAGGAGGUUGAUGCUCUGGAGGAACUGAGUCGGCAACUCUUCCUAGAAACUGUCGACCUACAAGCCACUAAGGAGCGGAUCGAGUACUCAAAAACAUUCCAGGGAAAAUACUUCAACUUCCUUGGUUACUUCUUUUCCAUUUAUUGUGUUUGGAAAAUAUUCAUGGCCACCAUAAAUAUAGUUUUUGAUCGGGUUGGAAAGACGGAUCCAGUGACGAGGGGCAUUGAAAUAACUGUCAACUACUUGGGCAUUCAGUUUGAUGUCAAGUUUUGGUCCCAACACAUCUCUUUCAUAUUAGUGGGCAUAAUAAUCGUCACGUCCAUUCGAGGCUUGCUCAUCACUCUGACCAAGUUCUUCUACGCGAUAUCAAGCAGCAAGUCUUCCAACGUCAUCGUGCUCGUCCUGGCUCAGAUCAUGGGGAUGUACUUUGUGUCGUCCGUGCUGCUGAUGCGUAUGAGCAUGCCGCUGGAGUACCGCUCCAUCGUCACCGAGGUCCUGGGAGAGCUGCAGUUCAACUUCUACCACCGCUGGUUCGACGUCAUCUUCCUGGUCAGCGCCCUGUCCAGCAUCCUCUUUCUGUAUCUUGCCCACAAGCAGGCGCCAGAGAAACACAUGGCCCUUUGAGUUCCUCUCGCUGGGUUUGGACUCCACUGCGGUUUCUUUUCAACGUGCUCCUGUCGGUCGUGGUUUUCUGGACUGCCUGUUCCUGAAUCAGGAACGGUAGAUUUCGGGGGGAAAUGUAGGAGCACUUAAUGCAGCAGCUUUGAAUGUGGAUGAUCUUCAAAUUAAAGUAUUUACAGAAAAACUGAUGUUAGCGAACACAAAGUUUUUCUUCAUGUUUUUUUUUAAUUCUUUUUGCAGAUGUUAGAGUUUAGAUCCUUUUAGUUCGACACACUGGAGCUUAAAUGUCCACCGGUUCCACCGACGCACAGUUUUAAUGCUUGUUUUCCACACAAUGCAAUUCACAGUGUAGUGUGCUGAUUAAUGGAGAAUGGAUGAAAGACACCACAAAAGACCAGAUUAUUCCAGACAUCACUUUUUGAUUUAUUGUUCUUAAAUAUUGUUGAGCAUUUCUUUUAAUCAUUUUCAAAAUGGGAACAUUAAAUAAAGGCAGCAGCAUGUACAUAGAGGUAAAAUACAUGAAAGCCACAGUGUUAAGCUGAAAUAUUAACAGUGUUUUUUUUAUUCUUGGUAACAUUGGUAAUCUCAGGUAUGGGAAAAGAUAAAUGUCCUUACUGCAAAUGUUCCUGAACUCUCUUGAAAUGAAGCCCUUUUUGUCCCAAAUGCAGCUGCUAUAAAUACAGAUGUUGACCACACAUUUAUAAAUUCUGUACAUUGGUUUCAUUGUUUACUUAACCUGUGCUUUUCAUG